AUGGCAAGGUUAGAGGGAAAUUGUUCAUCUCCAUUUGCGGAAAUCAGCAGGCUGACAAAUUAUCAAUACAGCGCUAGUCGUUUAUACCACCACUGGCAUCACAAUCUUAAUUGGAGGCUUUGUCAUGAUCCUUUAACCCAGGAGGAAAAAGAUUACAUUAAUGACUGGGUACGUCAACGUCGACUACCUAAUGGUGCAAUUCGGUGGUCCGUCUUACAGAAAGACAUGGAGCAGAUGUUUUUAAGAUUACACAAUACCAAUAAAAUCAAGAAUUAUUGGAGAUCCAACCAAAAUCGUAUUUCACGAACCGCCACCACAACAGCUGUAAUGACAAAUCCCGCUCCUUCCCUACCUUCUUCACAUGUCUCGAUACCAGUUUCUUUUCUUGUGAAUGAUAAUAGCACGACUUCCCCUUCUCCAACGGUACUUUCUCCUAUUCCGCAAACUUCACGAUCCUCCGUGCCAUUUAUCAUGGAGCCCAAUUUCACCCCCGAACCUCAAUUUAAUGUGCCGUAUGGAAUGAGACCGUUCUUCUGA